AUGUGUACAGUUUACAGCAACGCAGAACUGAGAUAUUUCAGGUUGACCAAAGCUAUAAUAGAUUGCUCGACUUGUGCGUUGAGAAAAGUUUUUAAAGAAAAAUGGAACUAUCUUUAUCCUUCUUCGCCGUGGCAAAAUGACGGAACGAGCGUUUCCCAGUUGCUCGACGAAGAAAAAGUGCAAGCGAGCAGUUCUCGACUGUACGAUCCAGUAUUUUCCAACGGAUACCAUCAGGCGGUAAGAGAUCAAUUGUCGUGUGGCGACGUCGAGAAAUGGGACGUUACAGCGCUGGUGUUUGCGUUAUGUCACUCGCAAGCUUUAAGCGGAAUACGUUCUGGUUCUCGCUGGAGAUUAGUAAAUGACGCCAUUCAGGAUAUAAAGGAGGUCAGAAACACGGCUCUUUCACACGCUUGUAUACCGUCGAUUUCUCGGCGAACGUUUAAGAGAAACGUCGAUAUUGUGGUACGUGCUGUGGAAGUCUUGCUGACAAGCUCAGAUCCCUUAGUUGAAAAACUGAAGACGUUGCGGACCGAGACAGAAUUCGUAACGGCAGAUCUCGAGAGGUACAAAGAAUUGCUUCAGCAAGAUCACGAUAGUCUACUUGUGCUUGAAAAGCAUCUUGAAAGAUUAGAAUAUAAAUUGAACAUAUCUGCUACCAAAAGCGAAACAACAGAAGAUAACCUGCCAAACUCUGAAAACAGCAAAAUCAUUGCAAAGCUUUGUCGUCGAAUGGAAAGGCUUAGAGAAGGGGAAUUUUCAAGCCCUGUUGACUUGGCGCCCGCACGCACGAAACCCGCGAUUUUUCGGAGCGCUAGAUACAUUCGUCUGAUCAACGAAUCCAGUACUAUGUCCUACAAUUUUCGUUGGGAAGAACUUGACAGAUUUCUACAAAGUUUUAACGACGAUGUAGAUAUGCAAAUGUUUGCGGGUAUUCAAGCUGCCCUUUCACUCAGUCAUCAGUCGAGAAAGGAUGAGAGUUUAGAAAUGCUGAAUGGGCUUAUUCCAAAAGCUCUAACUGCGAAACAUGGGUAAGUUAAAUCAGAUAGAUAUGGAGAUGUUUCAAGUUCUAAAUAGGCUCCAAAGGCUCUUUUGGCGAAUUAAUAUGCGUCAGUCCAAUUAUCGCCUGCCUACAUAAGUAUGGCCCGACUAAAUUUUCGGAUGUUAUGAUUCAGAAAUUGUCAAACGCAAAUCUUUGUACAUUUUGAACCCAGACAACAAUGUUUACAACCGAGUUUUGACUUGCAAUUUACAUAAGAAUAGAUCAUAUGCUGAUUGCUUAUGUAUUACGACAUUUUUGUUAUUUGAACAACAAAUAUAAGCGAAAACUUCACGGGAAAAUAAGUCACAGCGCCAUCACACCAUCACGCCAUGACUGUUUUCAGUUUUAUUUCAUGUUAUUUAUUACCAAAUCGGUUUCAGUCUUAUCGAAGAUCGCCUGACUCUGUUUUGAAAAAGGGAAGUAUAUAUUUUUUAAAAAAUGAAAGUAUAUAGGUAUUAAAACAAUAUUUUUCGAACUUUAUUUGAGCGACGUUUUGUGGAUAGAUGAUGUCCAUAGCAACAAUUUUGAUCACUUCUUAAGUACCAGUAGUUAGCGCGUGAACAAGAAAAAGAUGAAAAAUAUGUUUGUCGCAUAGUGAUUUUGUUGAAUGAUACACUUGUUGCAUUUUUUGUUCUUAUCGUCAUUAGCUUUUCUUUUGAAUGCUUGCAGAGUUGUACUACAUGCCCGAAUAAAGAUUCGCAAAGCAUAUAUUUUACAUGAUCGUGGUAAAGAUGAUGAAGCCAUGAAAGAGGCAGAUGAGGCAGAAAUGAUGCUGAGCCUUGGAGAGUGUCAUGAGGACAUUGCUGAAGUUAGCUAUGCAAAAGCCAACAUCAUUUUAUCAUCAGGGAAAAACAGUAAAGAGGACCAUGAACUCAUUUUACAUCACUUGAAUAAAUGUAUUCAUUUCUGUGAAAAGGCUACUGUCGAUAAAAGUGUGACAGUUGUUCAAGCCAAGCUUUGCAGGGCACUUUUUCAUUUAGGCUUUUACCAACAUGGCAUCUUAGACUCAUCAGAUGUCAACACUGCAGGGCCUAUUUUCAACUGCAUUGCUGACCAAUGUGAGCCAAUUGCAGAAAGAAGCAAAGUAUACUUCAUGUACGGCCAAUCAUUGCUUGCUGAUUCGAAGGGUGACAAGAACUUAGCAACAAAGUUAGAGAACAAAGUAAGACGAAGAUGUGAACAACAUAAAAUGCACUUUGAGAUCCAACAGCUCGAUAAGUUGAGAACUUUGGUACGAGGCCCUGAGUUUAAAAGACUGACUCAGUGAGAACUAGAUUUCACUUCAUUUCAGUGUAAGAAUUAGGUUUAAGGAAUUGCCUCUCCUUUAUUUAGUCAUAAAUUACUAGCUUGAAACGUAUACACAAGGUUUUAAUUUAAGAAGAGGAAAAUGGGGAGCAAUUUGCCUUAACAUGUAAUUAAAAGAAAGGAGCAAAUUCUGUUUUUUUUUGUAGCCGCAAUUUCAUGGCUUUUUCCCAUGCCAUGAAAAGACUACCUGAGCUCUAGUAUAUGUAGAUUGAAAAAAGAGAUUGUAUUUUGAGCAUAAUUAUUUUGUGAAUGUACAAAUGAAAUGUUGUUUUAACGCACCAAUGACAGUACGAGUCUUCAUAGCCAAUAACAUCACGCCUUGACUAACAGACGAACAGUAACUUCGCGACUUAAUUGACCAAUCAGGUCAAUAACCAGAGUUUAAUACCAUCAACUGACGUGACACAACUCACUUUGAUUCUGAAGACGACUACUGCACAGAUUGUCGAAACGUCAAUCACUGUCCUAUUCAGGACUGCGUUCACCCGGACAAUCAUGCUCCAUCUAAUUAUCAAAUGGUUUUCUCGGAACGAUGGGCAAGAUCGUCAGUUCUUUCUUGUCUUGUUUCUGUAUUAUUUACAGUAAGUUUUACAAUGGUGAUGCAUGAUUGGCCUUACACCAAUUGCAAACCCCCAACGUAUAGGGCCAGGGGCUGUCCUUGGUCUUGCCUCUAACCAUUAAGAAAUCCUGCAUGGUUAGACCUACAAGGGGUAAUAAAACAAAAGCCCUGUGUUACAGCUGUAGGGUUCAGUAAGAAUUGAAAGCUUCAUCACCACAACAAGGUAACAAACCCGUAUGUGACACCAGAACUGGAGAGAUAAUGCAGUUUUAUUGAGAUGCAGAUGUUAGUUCAAGAUACAAUUUCAGGAGUAUUAUAAUCUCUGUGUAAGGCAUUAUUAUUUCUUAAUCAAGUAUGUUUGAUUAAAGUGUGCCUUUUGGAUUUCAAGUUGUCAUGUUUGCAGUUAUUUUCAUUGGCUUCCUUCACAAUAUGCAUUCAAAUUCAGAUGUCAAAUGUGUGGCAUCAUUCAAAAGAAAAUUCAUAUACACUUGAGAAUGAUAAACUUCGGAAUUGAUUGAAUCUCUGCCUAGUUUUUGUCCAAAAUAAAAAUGAUAAAGGAAACAUAAGUAAAACUUUUUCGAAGGUGGUUAUCGAACCUUGGUCGCCAUAGUGACUUGAUUCUCACCUUUAAUUCUUAGGGAGGGCAUACCAAACUUAACCUUACCCUUUGUAUAUCUGACAUAGUUUAAAUCGAUAGAUUUAAAGUUAUAAUGCCAAAAUUUGAUAGUAGUACUUGGCUAAGUUAAAAAUACUGUUAUGAGCUCAUUCCUAAGGAUAUUAUUGAAAGUACUGACCCAAAGGUGUGCCUGCCCUUAAUGUUAAACUCUUUUUCCACAUUUGAUCUAACAGGUUAAAGGCAUGAAUGCACUUUUUGGACUUCACCUUCAGAUAUCUGUGGGAGAAACUCUUAUUGUUGGAACAGCGGUAAGCUCUGCCGUGUGAAUUAAUGUCAAAAUCACGCGCGUUGUUUUCCUUUGCAAGUGUUUAUAUUUAUAAGAUAGUGCUGACUGGUCUCUCUUCCUUUUUCCCUGACAAUCCUUAAUGAUCUUUAGUUCUCCUUCAGUGAUUAGAUUAGCCUGUUCCAGGAUGCGAGCAUGAAAAACAGUGAGAGGGUGAGCUAGCUCACAAUCUGAAUGCCUAGAACAGGCUUUGUCUAGACUCAGUGUUGCGUUGUUCACACCUUCUAUUGUUUAACUCACUCAGGAUAUCCCUGCUCCUGGCUGUUUUGUGUUUAAAGAGCAAAUAGGCCUUGAGGAGGGUCCUUUUCUUUAAUACACCUAUGCAACGUCCAAUGGCGUCAGGAUUUUGGAACUGGAGAAAAUAUGUGGUAUUUUUUCUUGAAAGGGGUAUCAUUUGACAUGCUACAAAUUCUGAGGCCUAGGAGGCGCAUAUAGUCACCCAAACCCUUCUAACAUACAACCCCUGGAGUACAACAUAUCUCCCAGAAAAAAAUUUUGAAAUCCCCUUAUGGUAAAUACGUAGCAAACAUUAAACACUUUCGUGUUAAUAAAUUCUUUUUCAUCUCAUUCAGGAAGAAAACAGCAAUUAGUCAGUGCAAUUCAUCACUGCUUAGUGUACGCGCAUUUGAUCAUACGCAUAUGCGAAGUAAUAAAAUUAUUGUUACCAAAUCUACAAGAAUUUACCCAUGGUCUGCGCUCUUAUCGACCUUAGAAACGAUGUCAAAUGGUCAACACUCAAGUGAAACCACAAGCCGCGGGCGAGGGAGAGCGUGUGAUUUUCCGUCAUUUCUAUGGUCGAUAAGAGUAUAGACCAUAGAAAAUUGUUGUCGAUUUGUUUUGUUUUUUACUUACAAUAAGAUGGACAGUUCUUGACGUCCAUUUCCGUUGAAGGUUCUCUGAAACAAUUUCUCCUAGAGAUUCUUCAGAAAACAGAUGACUGUGUGGAAGUUCUCCAAAUACUUUGUAAUAUUAGGCAAAUGAAAACUUGAUAAUAUUUGCAUACUUAUUUUGUUUUGUUUCCCGUAUCUGCCACCAAUGUCAUUACCUUAACUCUUAAUCUUCUUCUGACUUAUAUAUAAACUAUAUAUUUAACUUUACAGAUCAGCUUCUGUAUUAUUAGUUGCCUAGUCCCUGUACGGCGUUUUCCCAGUCCCUCUCGGACAAUUCAUUUCGGUGACGUAUCCGACCACGUGACCUGAAACGCUUUGUCCUCACAGAAUAAUGAGGCCUAGGAACUAGGCAAUAUUGUUAGGUUGAUCCACUUUCACUAUUACUUUUCAACCGAAAGAUAGAGAAGAACAAAUCAUCACGACAUUUCCAUGGGCUGUUCUCUUAUCUACCAUAGCUCUCUACUAAUUAGCGCUCGACGAACUGCUCAAUCAUUGUAAAAUUAUAAUUUUUCUUGCAGUCAUCUACAGCAGUUUUCUUGGCAUCCCUACCUGCCCCUCCAUUGCUAAAGAUUACUGGACGGGUGAGUUAUUCGAUACUGAGGAUUACUUGAAGUCAAUCAGGAACCAAGAAGCUUGUGACUUUGCAAUAAACACUUAGUGACUGGUCCCAAGAGAAACAGUUAAUUUUGUUUUCGGAGAAUAUCAAUGUGUCCCGGGGCUCCCUCCUUCGGGAAAGCAGUGAGUUUCUAAAAAACAAAAUUAACCGUUUUCCGAGGGACCAUUCUUUAAGUGAUUUGUUAUACAGCUGGAAAUUUUGAAGCUGAAAAUUCAUUAAAUCUCGCUUUAACGGGGGCCUUCGGUCAACAUUCGCGGUAUAGAUUUUGCAAUGUUGCGCGCUCAGAGAUUUUGGCGGGAAACAGUUUCAUUGUUAGAUGUCAUAUGACUUCGAAAUAACCAAGAGGGCGCGCGCUGUUGGGAAAAAAAUUCCAGCUAUAUAACAAUUUAUGACAUUAUUUCCUGUUCUUUAUACAGCGUUUGUCUGCUGAAGAAGAUAAGCGUCUCGCUGAGAUCCAGAGGCAAAUCGUGGACACAACUAACAAGAACAGAGCCAGCUUUAGACUUGCAGAUACCGUCCAUAUAGUAAGUAAAUUCUUUUUUUCAUAACAGCAAAUAUUUGGUAAGGCUUUAAAGGGGCUGUGCCAUGUCUGGCUAGUUCAUUUUUUCGAGAGAGAUAGGGUGAGCUACAACCAGUUGCAAAAGUACUUGAUACACUGUACUGUAUUUUGGCUUCAAUGGCCUGUCCAUGAUCUUGUGCGUGUGACCCCCCCUCCACCCCUUUUCAAAGUAGCAAUACAAGACCAUGCUCAAAACUUGGAGAAACAACUUUGAAUGGGGGGAGGAGGGAGCUCAGUAUUUUAUCUCACAGACCUGUGACUAGCUGCGAUUUGAAGCAAGACAGGUUGUUUUUUCGUGAGAGUGUUUCAACAUUUUUGCAACUGGUUGUUGCUCAUUCUCUCUUGAUUUUGUUUAUAAUGAGAAUCUGAGUAGCCUAAUUUUCCAGUUAGCACCAUUUUUGCAAGAACCUUUUUAGCCUAGCGUGGAAAAACUUAGGUUCUUAUACGCGGGUUAUAACUGUAUUUUUCUUUUUUUUUCUUUUCCUUUUUAACUAGCCACUCAGGACAAAAAGGGCUCUGUUCAGAUCCAAAAUAAAUGACGAUUACCUGAAUCAUUUGAAUUCUCUUGCUAGAUCGUAGCGUUGUUUUCAUCUUUUUCCUGGUAUUCAAUGUGUAUCUUUUUCGCAGAGUACCCCUAAGGCCACACCCCCGCUAAGUCCAUCCCAGAAUGUCCCUGCUAUGAUCACUGCUGAUGUGGAUCAGGAUGAGGGGCCCAAGGCUGAGCUGGAUUUGUGUACGGGGCCAAAAGAUGCCUAUGUUGUAGAGGUACAUCUCUUUGUGCAGAGACGUUUAGAUUGUAAGGCGAGGACGACUAAGAGGACGAUAUUUUAUCAAUUUGAAGUGGUGCGCUCGCAUGAACCAGCGUCGUUUUGGCGGGAAAGCGCGAUAGCCUAUGAUAGCCGUCGUCAUUCUACUACGGGUUUUAACGAGCAUGUCGUUAAGUGUCGAAAACAAGUUAUCAACGGUUAGAAGUUUUAUCAUUUUACGAUCAGGAGAGGGCUACCUACCUCCUUCAAUUAAAAUAAUCGUGUUUAUAACCUAGAUUUUGGCGAAAACUUCAUAUGAAAAAAAAACCUUGCAUCAUUGUUCAUGUAAACGAAACUAUUGAAAGAAGAAUGGUCAAAAAAGAAACUGUUUUCCUACAUGAACGGAUUCCGCUGUAGUUGAAGCUUCAAAUGUUAAAUGAAGUAACAAUAGAAAACAGGUAUAUUUCGCGUUCCUACUAUAUAAGAAAGUGUGGCGGAGAGAAGGAGGGCGUUUUCGAGGAAAUACGGCAGUGCAUUGUUAAAGUACCCUGUAUCUCUUAUCUCCCUCAAAAUGAAAUGAAAGAGGCAACUUUCAGUUCUUUUGAGCACAGCAAAAGUGGCCCAAUAUUACUGACAGAAGUUUGACGGGAAUAACUUUUUUGUAGGUUGAUGACAAGAAAGACGAAGAUGUGGUAGCUGUUUUACUCGAUGAACCAGCGCCGGAAGGUCAGCUUUGAGGUUUAAUUUAUUAAAGGUGCACAUUGGAGCAUAAUUUUAAUAAUUAAAAUUUCUCUCCCAAGGUUUUCAUUCGUGCAACACUGAAACCCUUCCUGGCGCAAUCAGCCUUAAAUCUGGAGUUAAGGUACACAAAAUGUAUUUGAUUUAUCCAUUUCUUAGCUAUAAUCAGUUGCAAAAGAUGUCUUUGGUGACAGCUGCUAUUUAAGGUGGCAUAAUUCCUUGAUGUGAAUUGUUUUUAAAGAUGAUAAUGGCAGUACAGAGAAAAGCACUCAGCGAUGAAGACAUUCGAACCAACCAGCAAUUUGCUAAACUCUUUGAGGACACAAUUAAGGUAAGUCUGUGCUGGCUUUUACCACGCUCUCUGUGUAAAUCUGUCGUGUUAUUUAUGGUUGCCACAGGAAAGUCAAGAAAUUUAAAAGUAUAAUAUCAUAAGUGACGAAUUUCUCCUUAAUUUUGGCGCGAAAUUUCAGCGUUUAUGUAUAAUUUCACAUAUUAAAUUACAAAAUUGCCAUAGUAACCUUCCGUACGUCUCAGUGCCAAGAUGGGGACGAAGUUUUAAAAUGUUAUGAAUGAAGAUGCCAGGGCAUUAAAAGAUGCUUUAGAAACACUAAACACAUGAAAGAGCACAUCAAGAAGGAUUCUACCGGGUACUUUGCCGAAAAAUUUUGAAAAUUCUCAACUUAAGCCAAAUUUAAGCUCUAAACGUUUGAGAGAGUGGAGUUCUCGAUCGAUACGAUAUCCGGAUCAACAUGUCAAAAAUCCUCGAGUGCUAACGUAAUUCGCUACGCAUGAUAUUAAUAGGUAAUCAAAUGGUAUACUAGUGAAAUUAUUCCCUAAUUUCACUCGUCACCAUUUAAUUACACAUGCUAAUUAGCACCACGGAAUAUGACUAUGGGUAUGAUUUGGCGGGCAAAUUUGAACCGAGUGUACUAAAAAAUAAUAAAAUAAGUGAUAGUGUAGUGAUAAAAUAAGUGAUAGCGUUCCCAAAACAGUCCCAUAAUGCAAUUCGACGCAUUGCCGACCCAGUUUCACGUUCAACCUCAAAUGGCUGAUAAAAGGACCUGGGAAAUAGUCAAAUUCGCUUUGUAAGUGUUUCCUCAUUUGUAAAUAUGUUGAAAUUGCUUUAAAUUUUAAAAUUCGGGACAGGGCAGAUCAUGUGACAGUACAUUAAGUUUACAUUUGCACUGCUUAGUCUUAUCUUAUCUUAUCUUAGCUUUGUAAGUGUUUCCUCAUUUGUAAAUAUGUUGAGAUUGCUGUAAAUUUUGUAAUUCGGGAGAGGACAAUUUAUGUGAAGUACCCUUAGUUUAGAUUUGCAGUGGGUCAGGUCUAAUUGCUUAGAUUGUCUUUUUUUGACUAUGAUCCCAACAUUUUCCAUGUUUUUCAGAGUUUGUGGUUCAAACUGCGUAACAUGUCACCCUGCUGUCUUUCAAAUAUUGAUUUUGAUAUUGAGAUCCCAGAGGAUGAUAACAUUCAGGUAGGCAAAUAAGAAGUUUCUCGUUUGUUUUACUCGCUUAAGAAACUGGAUGAAGUAAGCUUAUUGAGCUUUCCUCGAAGGAAUGCCUGUUUCUUAAUCAUGUUCAGUGUCAACCAAUGCAGCACAACUGAAGCUAAUUUAGCCUGGGUUCCCUUCCCUUAACGACAUUUGCCAACAAUCUUCAUUACAGUAGUACGCAACCAAUAACAUGUAAUUCCUUUGUUAUUUUGAAAUCAUUGUGGAGUAGGUGGCUGUGACGGGUGUGGCAGUUUGUGUAGAGGACAAAGAAACAGAAGAAGAAAACACAUCCAAGCAGAAAAGAUCUCUUUGCGACAGAUGUAAGUAGCCUGCUACUCAUAGUGAAAGUAUUAAACUUCGUAACCUAGUAGUAAACCAGGGUGUCAUCCACUCGGGUGGGGUGGGGGACGGGGGAAUUCUACAUACGUCAUUCAAGAUAUUUUGUAUUUUUUGCGGACGUAUGCAAUCACCAAAUGACGUAAUAGAAAAUAUUAAAGAGACACUGCACAAUAACCACACCACAAAACAAAAGCGAAUUAGCGAAUUAAUGGUGACGAUUGAAAUUAUUCCCUAAUUUCAUGAGUAUACCAUUUGAUUAUCUAUUAAUAUCACGGGGGAAGAAUUACGUUAGCACUCAAGGAUUUUUGACAUGUUUAUCCUGGAUCGUAUCUAUCGAGAACUCCACUCUCUCAAACGUUUAGAGCUUAAAUCUGGCUUAAGUUGAGAAUUUUCAGAAUUUUUCGGCAAAGUACCCGGUAGAAUCCUUCUUGAUGUGCUUUUUCAUGUGUUUAGUGUUUCUAAAGCAUCUUUUAAUGCCCUGACGUCUUCACUCGUAACAUUUUAAAACUUCGUCGCCAUCUUGGCACUGAGACGUACAGAAGGUUACUAUGGCAAUUUUGUAAUUUUACGUGGGAGAUUAUAAAGUAACCCGUCAAAAUUAAGGAGUAAUUCGUCACCUAAGAUAUUAACUUCCAUAUCCUCAACACCAAGAAACACCCGUUUUUUGUGUAACUUGUUUUUAUGAACUGGGUUUUCCUCAAUAACAGUGCGGGAAAUUUCAUUGUAUAGAAACUUAACACCACCAUAGAAUUUUGCUUAGAGAUUCGAAAGUUACAGUGACGCCAAAUCAUCUCACCGUAACUUGGCCGAGCAGUGAAAAGUUUCAAUGAGGUAUUUGGCCGAGUAGUGAAGUAGCGUUUUGAUUUGGCUCAUCUAUCGUUAUACUUGAAACCAUCACUGCUUGAUAGCACUUUUCUGAUUGCCUUUAAGCUCAUUCGCGUUCUUCUCAGAACUCCGUUAAUGGCGCCGAGUCUGAUGAUUUACUUUUUCCCAUUGAAGAGGUGGUUGAAACUUCAGCUGUGGAAAAUAUGAAGGACGAGUUGGGUAAUGCGACUGUGUUUGUUUAAGGACUUGUUUUCCUCUGUUAUCGUGUUCAUUCUUUGCGUCAGCCCUAAGCCUUAUUUAUACUCUCCUCAUGUUUGUUUUAUAGAUUCAAAAACUAAAAGACGUCUCGCUCAUCCUCUUACUCUGAAAACAAAAGUAAAGGUUAGUAAUUACGCAGAUCAUACAGGAAGUUAA